GUUGUCAAACUGCUGUUAAACCUCAAAUAAGAAGUCAAAAUGCUUUUGCUUCGCUUCUGAAACAAGAUUACGUGUCGCCAUAAAAUUGAUAAAACCAUGAGUCAUAUCUCCAAGUCCGUGUCGACUUUAGAAGAAACGAGGACUGGUCUGUGUGAUGAGUUUGUGUCCGUAACAGGAUCCGAUAGCGCCGUGGCUCAAUGUUACCUUGCUGAAAAUGACUGGGAAAUGGAGAGAGCUCUGAACUCAUUUUUUGAGGCUGACAUGGAGGCAGUUUUUACAGUGGAAGAUUCGCCAAAAAAGGACAUCAGCCCCCCGAAAGUUAAAAGACAGAAAUUGGACAAACCACAGGGGAAAAUAGACUGCAUUGACCUGACCACAGAAGAGCCUGCCUGUUCCAGCAGCAGCGCCAAGUCAACCAACUCCUCCAAGUCAGUGGAACCCAAAGCUAAAGUUACAACCUCGGGCGCUGAGGAGCAGGAUGACGGCAAACUGUCGCUGAUCUCUUGGAAUGUAGAUGGUCUGGACACCGUGAACCUGGGAGAGCGUGCUCGAGGCCUCUGUUCCUAUCUGGCCCUGUACACCCCCGACGUGGUGUUUCUGCAGGAACUCAUUGAACCGUAUGUUCAGUACCUCAGGAAGCGAGCCGUCAGCUACACCAUCAUUGAGGGAGGCGAGGAGGGGUACUUCACUGGUUUGAUGCUGAAGAAGUCCAGAGUCAAACUCCUGAAUAGUGACGUCAUCAGCUACCCGACCACUCAGAUGAUGAGGAAUCUGCUCGUUGCUCAAGUGACGUUCGGGGACCAGGAGCUGUGUGUGAUGACGUCCCACUUUGAGAGCUGUAAGGGACAGGCAGAGGAGAGGAUGAAACAGCUGAACGUGGUGCUGAAGAGGAUGAGGGAGGCUCCCACUAACGUGACUGUCCUAUUUGGAGGGGACACUAACCUGAGGGACGCCGAGGUGACCAAGGUUGGAGGUCUGCCCGGUGGGGUGUGUGAUGUGUGGGAGCAGCUGGGGAAGCAGGAGCACUGCAGGUACACCUGGGACACCAAGGCCAACAGCAACAAGAGUCUUCCGUAUGUCAGCAGGUGUCGUUUUGACCGCGUCUACCUCCGACCGGCCAAGGAGGGCCCCGGGUCCCGGAUGACCCCAGACCACAUGGCCCUGGUGGGUUUAGAGAAGCUGGACUGUGGUCGCUACACCAGUGAUCACUGGGGAAUCUACUGCAGCUUUAUCCUUUAGCUUCUGAGACUUAAGGAUCGUGUCCCAAAUUGAUCCCGGUAGUGCACUGCUUUUAACCAGGAACCAAUAUGGGCUGUACCCUAACUGAGACGGGGAACAUGUUUGCGUGUAGUGGUCCCAGCAGAGGCUAGAGUCUGAAGAGGUUUUAACUUUCCUAACGGACAGUUAAAAAGGUUAUAGUUGCUCUGAUAUUGGAUCGGUAGCAAGCAGUCUCUGUAUGACCACUGACGGUAGGAUCAGAGACGGCUGGCUCACCUUUAUUGUAGUGAGCUGAGGACAGGAAGGCUUCAAUCUGGCCUUGGUCACCUCACGCCUAACACACCCUCAGAAUGGAAAUGUUGAAUGUCCUAAAUGGCUCCCUAUUUUAGUGCACUACUUUAGACCAGAGCCCAUAAAACUGGUGAAAGGGAGUGCACUAUAUAGGGAAUAGGGGUGUCAUUUUGGUAUCUUAUCCCAGUGUUAAAAUGCUAAUAGGCUUUGGCUGUCAUUUUUUAAAUUUCAAUAUGUGUUUGGUUUUAAGUUCAGAAGUCUUACAUGUGAUGGUGAUGAUGAUUUCCCUCAAGUCUGUUUUUAGUCCUGGACAUUGAAAUAAAUACAUUCUGGAAUAAAA